GCGGCGGCCGUGGGUCCGGCCCCGAUCCCGACCCGAUCCCGGCCCCGGCCCCGGCCCCGGCCCUGGCCCGGCCAUGCUGUGCCACGGGGACGGCCUGCUGAGCUUCCUGACGGCGCUGCUGGUGGUGGUGCUGGCGCUGAGCCGCAGCCCGGCGCUGGCGUGCCUGCUGCCGGCCGGGCUGUACGUGGCGCUGCACCUCCUGUCGCUGGAGCCGCCGGCGGCCCGGAGCGCCCAGCGCGUCCUGCAGCCCCGCGGCACCGCCGCCCGCGUCGCGCACCGCGGCGGCGCCCACGACGCGCCCGAGAACACGCUGGGGGCCAUCAGACAGCUGAGAAUGGAGCAGCGGGUGUUGAGGUGGAUGUUGAAUUUACUGCAGAUGGUGUUGCCAUUCUAAUGCACGAUGAUACAGUGGAAAGGACAACUGAUGGGUCUGGAAGACUGUGUGACUUGACUUUUGAUGAAAUUAGGAAGCUUAAUGCAUCUGCCAAACACAGGCUACGGAGCAAAUUCCCAGGUGAAAAGGUACCAACCCUGAGAGAAGGUGUUGUGGAGUCCAUGCGUCACAACCUUACAAUCUACUUUGACGUCAAAGGCCAUGCAGAUCAGGCAGUUGAUGCCCUGAAACAACUCUACCUGGAAUUUCCACAGCUGUAUGACAGCAGUAUAGUUUGUUCCUUCAUGCCAGAUGUUGUUUAUAAGAUGAGACGAGCUGACAGAAAGGUUGUGACAGCACUUACACACCGGCCCUGGCACCUGAGUCACUUGGGAGAUGGGACACGCCGUUUCCGUUCCUUCUGGAAACACUACUUGUAUGUGGGGAUGGAUAUCAUUGUGGAUUGGAGCCUACACAGUUUCUUGUGGCGACUGUGUGGGAAUUCAGCUUUCCUCGUACAGAAAAAUUUUGUUUCUCAGGACUAUGUAAGUCACUGGUCUUCAAAAGGAAUUCACGUGGUUCCCUGGACAGUGAACACGUUUGCAGAGAAAAGCUACUUAGAAAACGUCCUUGAGUGCAGCUACAUCACCGACAGCCUGGUGGAGGACUGUGACCCUCACUACUGACCCACCUUGCACUCCCUCCCCGUCCAUUCACCAUCCACAGGGCAUCCGGCAGUGCCAAUGGACCACUAUAACAAUGGUUCUGGGAAAAGGCAGAGCAGCGGUUUUUUUCUGCCUGUGGUCAAGCCUCAAAUGUAGAAAAGCCUUCUGGGGCACUGGACAGAGCUGUGGUGCAGCCACACACAGUCUGAGGGAAUUGCUGUAAUGUGAAAGAAUCGGAUUUGACAAGCAAACUGGGCCAAACCUUGUCUGUGCAGGUGGCUUUAUAAUUCUCUGACUAUUCCCUUGCUGUGUUUAAAUUCUGGUUAUAAAUUCCUAUUAGCAAUUUUUGUUGUCAAAAUUUAAAGUCAUACCUUGAUUUUAGUAAUUUUAACAGCAUGAUCUAAAACUGUAUAAUAAUUUGAGGUGGAUUUAUGGUGUCUUUAAGACAUCUACAUUGCUGUUCUUAAAACAGAACCUGAAAGUAAUGGUGCCAAAAUAGAGGGUGAGUAUAUUUCCCUCCCCUGCAUGGAAAGAUGGCUGUGCUGCAUCCUGGCAAGGAAGAAAAAGCCACCUUUCCAUGUGGAAUGUGAAGGCUAUAAGAAUUAAUAAAUAAAACUUGUUUAGCUUCUUAUCUUCCAGACUUUUUAAAAGAGCUAAGGGAGCAUAGGAAACUCUUUCUUCUAAUGACACAGCACAUGAAUGUAUUUAUUUUUAAAAGAAAGGUAUAUAUGGAGUGCUGGUAAAAGGUAGAACAAAUGGAGCUGACAUGUCUUUUUAGUUCGCUUAUUGUUUGCAUGAUUGAAGGGCACUCAAAGGGUUAUGGAAACUGUAAUCCAGAUUUAACUUGAACUCCAAAGAGUCUGCAGUUACAAUAAACAAGUAUCUGAAAGCUCAUGGGAAGGGUAUUCUUUUUGAGCCAUGCAGCAGUGCCUUGGUGUAAAAUGUCAAAAUUAGUGCAGAUUCAUGCUAUGUUCUGCCAGGGAUGAUGGAUUUUCUGGUUGUAUCUUGAGCUACAUACAAGCACAAAGAAGCACAAAGGAGGUGGUUUUCCUUGUCAGGAAGACAAGGACCUCUUCCAUUCACGUCACUCGUCCACCCUGCACUGCAGAAGCAACAAUCUCAGCCUUCUGGUGCACGUCCUAUAGCACAUGUGCAUUAUGUUCAGCUUCUGUCCAGCCACUUCAGUGAGUGCUGUAGCCUCUACUUGUUACUGCUGAGCCUGACAGGAGCUCCCCAUGUGGCCACUGAAGGGCAAAAGACUUCACAGCAAAUGGCCCUUGCUCCAAAGGUCCAGUUUUAGUUGUUGCUGGCACUGCUGAGUCACAUCCUCAGUGCAAACACCAGGCCCACAUCCAAUACUCACAGCCAGACUCCACAGCUGUACACACAGGGAAACAAUAAAAUUGAAUCUGGUCUUGCA